AUGAUAGAAAAUCCACAACAUUCGAGCCCUACUUCCUCUGACAAUCCGGAUGAGACAACGUCCCUUCUUCCUGAGCAAAUUGAGCCCCAUGAUGCGUCUACUACAUUCGGUUUCUGGAUCUUCCUGCUUAGUGGCAGUCGCUUGCUGACGGCUUUGGUUGUCACGGUCUUGACUACAGCCAUUCUCACUGGUUUCCAUGCCACACUUCCUCUACACACGGGGGAGGGGUUUGGAUGGAAACCAAGACAGAUUGGAAAAAUGUUCUUCCUCUCUGUUCCGGCUCUGUUCCCCGGUACACUGGCUGGAUGGCUGCGUGACCGCAUCGUGGUCCGAUUGACUAUCACUAUCAGUCGUGCCAUCCAUGCAAUAUUUCAUGUCCUGGUUGGAGUGGCUGGGGAUGAUCAUCUCCUCUGGGCACGUUUGCACCAUCGGGGCCCUGUGCGGUACAUUUCAUCUAUUUGCCUGGGUGUUUUGCGACCUUUUGUACCUGGUGUCGGGCCGGUGAAAGUGACUGGGGAGUUUAAAUUUGCCUAUUUCUGA